AUGCUCAUCGCGUUGCUAACAGCUGCGAUAAUAUGGCACAUUGCGAAGACAGCAAUCGUGUACAAUAGAGCGCGAAAACUAGGACUUCCAAUUGUCAUCACUCCAGCCGAGCCAAUGGUUCAGCCCGUUUGGACGACGUUGAUAGCGAUACUAGCACCUCUUAUCCGACAACUUCCUUACAAUCUAGGAGAAUUUGCGGACUUCGACACCUGGCAAUAUCGUUUUAAGCAGGAGAACAGAGUUCACAGACGAUUAGGUCCGAUUUUUCUUAUGGUAAAUAGCUCGGGGAUAAGGGUUAUGCUCGCCGAUGGAGCCGCCUGUGAGGAUGUUCUGCAUCGAUAUAAAGAAUUCAUAAAGCCAGAAAUUCUGUACAAACCUCUCGACCUAUUCGGUGAAAAUGUUGAUACUGCCAAUGGCGGAGAAUGGCAACGCCAUAGAAAAAUCACUGCCCCAUCAUUCAACGAGAGAAACAGUAAUAUGGUAUGGUCAGAGUCAUUAUCUCAAGCCAAGGGUAUGCUUCAUAAGUGGACCAGCAUUGCAGAAUCCAACAUAGUAUCGAGUACCCACGUAGAUACCACUACUUUGGCGCUCCAUGUCAUUACAGGAGCAGGAUUCGGCAAGAAGUUUCACUAUAAUGAUGUGUCAAAGGCUGAGGAUGGGCAUCAACUUUCAUUCAAAGAAGCCAUGGAAAGCGUUCUGUCGCGAAUAUUUGCAGUGAUUGUAACUUCUUCUCUCUCGAAAAGUCUCAGAGCCAUUAUACCGGAUAAGCUUAAUCCUCUCGUCACUAUAGAAACCUCGAUUAGAGAACUCAAGCAGUACCUCGUUGAGAUGGUCGACGAGCAACGCGAGAAACUGGAUGAAACAAGUCAAGACCAAGAUACUCUGGUUAGUGCACUGUUGCGAGCAGCAGAUCUGGAAAAGUACCAAGGUAAAGGGAAGUACACACUCAGCAACGACGAGAUUUACGGGAAUCUGUUCAUUUAUAGUUUUGCUGGUCAUGAUACAACAGCAAAUUCAUUGCACUAUGCUCUGGUACUACUGGCAAAUGAUGAAGUCAGGCAAGCAUGGGUCAAAGAAGAAGUGCAGGCUGUCGUUGGCAAAGAUGCAGAUCCUACCAAUUUAGAGUAUAAAGAUAAUUUUCCGAAGCUCAAGAGGUGCCUCGCAGUAAUGUUCGAAACUAUACGUAUAUACGGACCAGUCAAUACACUUCCUCGAACGACAGGUUCAGCAUCUUUGCCAUUAAAGGUCAAGGGUAAGGAGUACAUCAUUCCACCGAACACGAUGGUCAUGGAAAACAUGCUCGGUAUCCAUACCGAUCCCGAGGUUUGGGGUACAGAUGCGUACAUGUGGAAGCCAGAGCGUUGGAUUGUACAGAGGGAUGGCUCAGAGGGGAUCGAUAACGAAGAGCUCAUGCCUACACCUGUUGGAUUUAUACCCUGGUCUUAUGGGCCAAGAGUUUGUCCUGGCAGGAAAUUUGCUCAAGUCGAGUUCGUUGCUGUGAUUGCUACACUUAUGGCACACCACCAUGUUAGGGUUAAUGCUCUAGAUGGAGAGACUAAGUUGCAGACUUCGAAGCGUGUCAGUGAUGCGCUUUUGAACUCGAGAGCACUUAUUACUCUGAAGAUGCAAAAUCCGGAGAAAGUCAAGCUUGUUUGGGACAAAGACUAG